GAAUUAAGGUUUAUACUGAACCUUUCGGGGUGUAUCUAUACAUAGAUUGCAAACAAAGCCUGUAAUGCAAAUUUUCAAGUCGGCAAGAUUACGCUAUCUCUGUCGCAUACAACAUCAAAGCUACCGGGUAGUACGGGAACGACAGCAACAAACAAGUUAAAACUGACCCUACUCGCUGGCUACAGUAUCAGCUUUUCGCAAACGUUCUUCUGCAAUUUUGUACAUUUACAGCAUUUGUCUUUCGAAAAUCACUAUUAUUAGAUUCGCCAAUGGUGAUUUAAACGUCCUGUCGCGAACUAAUUGUCAGACCGAUCCACCCUACAGAAAUCGGCGCACCUAAUCCAAAUGUUACCCUAGAUACAUGACCCUAAUUGGAUAAGUACGGAGUUUUUCCUACAUACGUUUCGAUGAACUGUUACCUAUAAACGUAGUUGAUCGUUCUCAUGACCACCAUUAAUUAAGUGGUGAUCGAUUACUGUCUUAUUCAAACCAAACAGCAUGAAUACUCCCAUUCCAAAGCCGCGUGAAUUAUUCCGGCCAAGAUUGCUGUUAUUUGGUGCCCUGGUGAUACUGUGUGGAAUAGCUUUAAUGAUUUUAGACACUGCUAGUGGUAUUGAACUCAAGCGGCGGGGAGCGUAUAUUUACGAUAUCUGGGCGCUAGCUGUUCAUACCUUCGCUGGUGUGAUCUACGUCAUACUGGGUGUUGCCGAAAUUUACACUGGCCGACCUUUGAAUGCCGAUGAAAAAGCAGAAAACCGUCAAGCUUUGCUGCAUGCAGUUGUCCGGUUGAACCUCCUAGCCGCUUUUGCAUCUUUGGCGCUGUUCUUAGUCGUCACGACUUUUGAGUCCUACUACGAAUCUGAAUUGAAUUGCAAGCAAUAUCGAUGCUCCGAUAUCGUUACCAGUCUACUAACACUUCGAAUAGCAGUUAUAAGCUGCAUUGCCGGAAUCGUCUUGGUAUGUUCGGUAACUGAAUGCACUUUGGCGUACAUGCACGCCUCGACAACGACUACAACCUCCAGUUCUGAUGAGGAACCGUUGCUGGUAUCCCCGGAAAGUUUCGUGGUCAGCGAUGCUGUUAAAAAGAUUGUGGAGGCAGGCGAAGCAAGCGUAGCUGUAACCAGUGACGAGAAAAGUGGAGUGGUUUUCCUGACGAGUGCCAGCAAGUACUGAUUGUUACAGAAUGUCAGAAUCAACAAUGCACAAACCAAUAUCACCAGUUACUUAAAUGAUUCAGCUGUGCUGGCUGAAUACGCAUGUCAAAACUCCUCGGCAUCCGCAAAUGCCUGCUUUUACUUUAUACCGUCUGCGUCAAACCAAUCGGUGGAGGACACGUUGUUGUGGCUUCCUUUACUCAGUUUAAUACUGUACAUGACCGGCUUUACAUGCACUGUAGUUUGUAGACUUCCUUAUACAAGCUGAACAACUGGCGAGUUUGAACAAUUUUGUGUUUAUGGCGGUUGUAUCGUUCAUCGGAUACAUAAAUACAUGGUUAUCGUUAUCGAGAUCAAGCAGUGUUUGUAUUGAUAUCGGCUUUUCAUAAAUUUUCUACGUGGCCAACAGAUUUACAUUCGAACAAGGUCGUGAAAUCAACAGAUAUGCACUGGAAUGUGAGUUGUACACUCAUCGAUUAUACACGCGCGGCACAUUCAGUUAAUUUCAAACGAAAUAGUCUUAUAAUAAUUAUUAUUUAUUCUGCAUAUUGAUUCGAUGAAAUGAUAUGAUUGCAUGCGUGUUUCAUACCUAUAAUUAAAGGGUAUCAUCACAAGUGCGCUACAAAAGUCCAAGCCAAAAAGCGAUACCUUCGUCAUUUCGUGUAUCAUUCUUAAAAUUGCGAAGACUGUUGAAAAGCAUUGCGUGGAAUUGCUGGAAUAUACGGUUGCUGCUAAGCAGUACUUGAGUGAGGAAGAGAGACGUAAUGGCUGCUUCCAUAAAAAAGAACGGACUAUAUAGUCCAAAGUUGAUAACAUUUGGUUUAUUUGUUGGACUAUGUGGUCUCAGCUUGGCGAUCCUGGAUCUUGUCACUAGCUUGCAUAUCCGACGGAUGGAACCCCUUGGAGUGCACAUCAAUGCCAACGGCUUGGCAAUCCGCAUCGUCACCGCUGUCCUGUAUGUCGCAGCGGGUGCUUCUGCGGUUUAUACAGGUUGUCCCAUACUUGUGGGUGAGCAGGCUGAAAAUCGUCGACCCAUGUUGAAAAUCGUUUUCGGAUUAAGCAUGCUGGCUGGUUUGGCUUCUGUUGUUGUCAUGUUACUUACUAACACUUUGGACUGCGUUACGCGAGGCUGUAACUUUGGACUUUAUUACAUUACGGCAUGGGAUUUCUGUGAAGAACAUCUUCCUGAAUGCGUUGACCUUAGCAGCUUAAUAACACCCCUGAAAGUGGCGCAUAUGUGCAUCGGGCUGGUUGCGCUGCUGACUGCGGUAUCUGGAUGCAUUUGCGCCUACAUAUAUGUAAAGAAUCCCAACAAGAACAUCGCCGACGAAAAAGGGUUCUCGAGAGCAAAGCAAAACUUCCGCAUCAGUGACAUUUUGAAGAAAGCUAUGGAGAAAGCUGGAAACAUCGUAGCCCCGGAUGAUGAGAAACGUCCCAUGAUAUUCACAGCCAGCAACGGCAAAUACUGAUGUUUGCUUAAUACAUGUGCGUGUACAGUACUCGUAUUCUUGUUUUUUAUGCACAUAUCUGUAUGUUUAGAUAAGUUUUUUUUCUAAAUGACCAGUUACAUUAUUCGAGGAUCGUUUCACUUUGCAUUGUGACGCGUUACCGUCUUUCCGGACAAGUAAUAACGUGAUGAUGGUUCAAUUGAUGACAGAUCGCUGUUCUUAUAUAUAAAAUACAAUAACGCUUCCGGCUGCAAGAUCGGUAAGCCGUGUCCUUGUCAGAAAAUGUUGAUAAAC